AUGGAGCUGCGGGAGUCUGUCAUACUCCUCACGAUCGUGCCUCCGGGGCCCGCGGCGCUUCUAACUAUGCCGAGGCUGGAUUCCGUCAUGCUGCUCACGGCCGUGCUGCUGGAGUCCGUCGCGACGCUCCCGGCGCUGCUGCUGGAGCCCCUCAUGCCGCUCGCGGUCGCGUUUCUGGAAUCCGUCGCGCUGCUCACGGUCGCGCUGAUGGAGUCCGUCGCGUUGCUCACGAUUGCGCUGCUGGAUUCCGUCGCGCUGCUCACGCUCACGACGGGGUUGCUGGAGUCCGUUGGGCUGCUCACAGUCGCGCUGCGGGAGUCCACCAUGCCACCCGCGGCAGCGCCGCUGGGGUCCGCUGCGCGGCUCGCGAGGGCGCCGCUGGAGCCCGCGAUGCUGAUCGCGCUGCUGGAGCCCGUCGGGCUACUCGCGACGCCGCCGCUGGAAUCCGCCACGCUGCUGACGGUCGCCCCGUUGGGGCCCAUCGCGCUGCUCACGACAGCGCUGCCGGCACCCGUCGCGCUGCCCAUGAUGUUGCUGCUGUGGCGCGUCAUCCUUCUCAUACUUGUGCUGCUGGAGUCCGACGGGCUGCACCCGACGCUGCUUCUGGCGCUGCUGGCGUCCGUCACGCUGCUCGCAUUUGCGCUGCGUGAGCCCGCCCCGCCGCCCACGGUCGCGCUGCUUAGCGCCGCGGCGCUGCUCGCGACGACGCUGCCGAACUCCGCCAUGCUGCUGACGGUCGUGAUUCUAGAGACCAUACUGCAGCUCAAUAUG